AUGGUUUUUUCGCAAACGAGUCACAAAACUCGCAGUUUAUUGAAAGUAAUAGAGAUAGAUCGGUUAAAGUCCGGAAAGAACCUGAAGGUACACCGUCCUUACGGAGUUGUGACCGACCUAAGAACGGAAACAGCACUCUCUUCUCCAACGACAGUAUCAACGCCAACAACGCCAUCAACGCCAUCAACGCCAACAACGCCACUGCUAACUACAAGCUAUUCAGAGGAAUUUCUCAAACCGGAGCCCGUGUAUCAAAGUACGAUGCAGGAUUUGGAUGCAGAGUUCUUCCAAGAUUUGAUUCAGUGGUGCGACGACACACCCACCGAGCAAGCAGUAGUACAGUCCAUUGAUCCAACAAAAACAACAGACACGAGGGCACACACCACCGACACACAGCACACACAAUUCCCACCGCUAGUUUGGGAUGUAAUUGACAAUAACUCUCCCAUAGCUCAAUCGAGCUCAUACAACCCGACCCCACCUAGUUUUCCCGACUCACCGGUCGGGAACGGUAUGGCAGCGUUCAAUACAGAUUUCUUCGGUUCCCCCACCUUCAUGGACGAGGAGCGACUACCAUUCCAAGAACAAUUUUUAGAUAUAGAUAAGCUGCCCGUGGUAAUAGGGGAUCUAGCGUCAGAAACUGUCGCCGACUCAAAUCCAUGGGUAACCAUGGAACCGGUCUGGCAUAACACAUACGAUUACAUGAAACCACAUACAGAUAUACACACAAUGCCCUUCAUCGAUCAAGAGGACUCACUGGACAUGAAAAUGAUGUCCGUAAUACCACGGGAGGUAGAAAACGACGUGGUGAUAUCGGAGUAUAUCCUUAGUGAGGCGCCGCCUCGGCCGUCGUUGGCCUUGGACGUGGCAGCCAGGCCCUGGACACACGACGUCAUCAGCACGCCAGAGGUCCUCACCUACGUCGAGCAGCUUGAAAAAGAAAAAUGUCCUCCUGUAUGCUCGGCCCCGAUAUCACCAUCUCAAUACUCUUCAUCCCCAGCGCCAAGUUGCGCAAAAUUGGAAAAUUCUCCGUCGGCCGAAUAUGAACCCAUCACUCCAAAGAGCGAGCCUCCGUUGGACUCAGAAGAAGACAACAAGUCGAGGACGAGCAAGAGGCAACGGCUCGACAGCGAAGAAUCAGACGAGUCGUAUACACCGUACGAGCAACCGACUCGGCGGUAUAAGCGUCGGAAGCCCAGCAUACCCAUCAAGGAUAUGAUUCGCGCGCUGGAAGGGUCACAACAGUUGACGAAGGCGCGACGCGGGCGACCCCCCAAAAGGAGGGAGAGCACCAUCUCCAACGUAAGCGAAAACUCCUCGUCUGUUUCUACGCACGAAAUAAAGUACAGAGAGCUCAGAGAUAAGAACAAUGAAGCCUCGAAACGAUCCAGAAUGAACAGAAAGCUCAAAGAACUCCAGAUGGAACAGUUGGCUGGCGAACUCGAAGAGCGCAACAAGAAGCUAAGAGUUCGAGCGGAUCUGCUCGAAGACAUGACUAAGAAACUCAGGGAAGCUUUCAUGGCGGCGGUCGCGAAGAGCAAAGUUGGUUAA